AUGCCGCCGGAGAGGUACAGCGCCGCGACCGCGGGCGCGUGCGCGGUCGCGGCCGCUCGCAGCGCGCCGAAGGCUUCGCACCGCGUCGCCGGGUUGACGCCGCCGGCGGCGGCGGCGAACGACGCCAAGCCGGGGAGGACGUCGACGAGUUUCGCGAGGUCGCCGCUCGCGCCGCGCGGACCCGCGACGUCGGCGGGGAAUGGCUCGGGGGCGCGCCCGGAGAGCGCGGCCGUGACCGCGUCGGGGGCGUCCUUCGCGGAGAGCGCCGCCGUGAGCGCGGCGAGGAGCGACGUCCGCGCCGUCGUCGUCUCAGAUGAGGACCCCUCCGCGCGGCUCGCCCACCCGCCGCCGUUCCCGCCGCAAACGCUGAGCUCGCCGACGCGCGUCCAAAUCACCCCGAUCGCCCUCGGCAACAGCGUCGACGGCAACCUCCCGAACGGCGCGGCGUCCACGAACGCGCUCAGCGCCUUACACGCGGCGGGGAGACACGCGAGCGACGGCUCCGCUUGCACGAUUCGCACGAGCGCGUCGUGCGUCGUCGCCGCGACGUCGCCGAGCGUGCUCGAUAACGACGCGAAGUUCCUUCGAAUCACCGCGCCCGUCUUCGGGUUCGUUCGCACCUCCGCGACCGCCAUGUACUGCCUCGUGACGUUCCCUUCCAGCAGGUGCGCGAUCGCGGAGAGCGCGGCGGCGCGCACGCGAGGCGCCGGGUCUUGGAACGCCACGCGCAACAGCGUCGUCGUCGGCGACCGCGGCAGCAGCUGCGCGCUCGACGCGGGCAACAACUUCGGCCAGUGCGCGUGA